AUGUUUAGUAAAGUUCUAUUUUUAUUUAUUAUUAUAUUCUUCAACCAAUACAUUCAUUUAAUUAAUUGUGAAUGUCCACCGAAUUUUGUAACUAAACCAUGUUCAUGUAAAUCUGUUAUACCAUCUCAUACUUAUUUAUUAUUUGAUGAUAAUAAUCCUGAAAAAAUUACUAGACAGAAUAAAUCAAUUAUAUGUGAACAUAUACACAAAUCAUCAUUUGAUAUACAAGUAAUAUUUUCAAAACUUACUUCAUUUAAUAAUAUAAUAUCUAGUGAUGAUGAAAAUGCAAUGCAUUUUGAUAGUUUUCUUUUAUAUAAUACAACGAUAAAACAUUUACCUGAAAAUGUUUUUAUUAAUAUAACAUUUAAAAGUUUAAUAUUUCAAGAUAAUUUUCAAUUAACAACAAUUGAUAAAAAUGCUUUUUCUUAUUUUAAAAAUCAUGUUGAAAUAUUUCAAACAUUAAAUACAAAUUUAUCUGAUAGUGAUACUAUAUUUUCAAUAAUACAACAAUUUCGAUAUUUACGCCGUCUUAGUAUGCAUAAUGAUCGUUUAAAAUAUAUACCAAAUUAUGCAUUUAAUCAUAGUCAUUUAACUCAUAUAUGGUUUGGUCUUGAAUAUUCAAAUAGAAGUCAACCAAUUGCAACAAUUGGUGAUUAUGCUUUUUAUAAUUUACCAAACUUACAAUUUUUACGUAUAUUUUCACCUAACUUAACAAAAAUAAAUAAAUAUGCAUUAGCUCAACGAAAUCGAUCGAUAUUAAAUAAUGGUAUAUCAAAUAUGUUAGAAAUAUAUCUUGGUGGUGAAAUGUUAAAUUCAACUAGUUUUGAAUUAACAUCAUUAAGUCGUUUUCGAAAUCGUUUUGUAUUUAUACGUUUUUAUCAUACAAAUAUAACAUAUUUAGAUGAAAAUGUUUUUCAACCUUUUCUUGAAUCAAAUCCAGCAUCAUUAAUUGAUAUUAAUCCAACAAAUGUUUUAUUCAAAUGUGAUUGUCGUUCAGCAUGGAUUCAAUAUGAUUAUUUUAAAAAUAUUGAUCGAAUGGAUAAUAGAGUCUAUGGUUAUCAAUGUUGGGAAUAUGAUUUUACAAAAAACUGUCCAUAA